CUUAUAAACUCCGCCUUAGACAAGAUUCUGCCAUUCUGGUCUCAAAUUCUCAGGUACUUUUUGAAGUAUUAACAGUUAAGAAUUUACCCCGUGCUGGGGCGCCGGUCUUAUUUUGUUCUUCACAUCUCCAUAGUCCAUCUGCAGUCAUUACUAGUUCUGGGCAAUCCCCGGAUCCACGCCGGACGAAACCCGCCAAACGCACCACUCCUGCCAACUCCAAUAGUUUUACUCAGGAAGGCUGAAAAUGACUGAUUCUAGAGAAGAGUCUCCAGACUGGCUUCGAUCUUUUCAGGUCAUGUUUGUUGGUGCAAUGCAUGUUUGGUUGAGGAUUUUUUGGUUUUGCAAACUAUGGAUGCUCAUGUCUUUGCUUUGAGUUGGUAUCUUGCGUGUUCAUUGAGCAUUUAAUUCUAUAACAGACACCUACUCUAACAGCUCUGUCUUCGGGGUCACCAUCUCCAUUAAGUGAUGACCUUGUUAGUGGUGAUGAUGACGAUGAUGAUGGACUGAGUCUCGGAAAACUGUUUUCCAUAGAGGAACCCAAUAAAGUUAAGACUAAAAACAAUCUGAAUGGGGAUAAGUUAUUAAGCAAGAUGCCUUCUAAAAGCAAACUUCCCAAUAAGAAGGAAAUGGAGCAUAUACAAGGAGGAAAGAGAAAAAGAGAGAGUCAACCUAAAAAUGAAGGUGGUGAUGACGAUGAUUUCAAGGUUUUUACCAAGAGAAAAGCUACAAAAGUGCCUGUUUCUGUUGAGGAACCUAUGCAUCCACCCUUGGAUCUUUCCUCCGACUCUGAGUCUUGUCCUGAUACGAGUCCUGUAAGAAUGGGUAAUAUCCUUGACAAAGAAUUGCAUGCACAUAAUGAAGUUCAAGACAUGAAGUCUGACGCAACAAAAGAUCUAGUAUUCCUUGACAGUGAUGAAGAAUCUGCACCAACCAAGGAUUUGAAGCUGCAAUCUUCAAAAAAACAAAUAGGAAAAGAAAACCGCACACCAAAGAAGAAAGUAGAAAGUGAGAAAAAUUUUGACGUUGGAAAUAAAGGGAGCAUGGAUGCAAAUGAGGAAGAUAUUCUGGAGAAGCAUAAUGGACCACAUGUUUCAUCUUCAAGGAUCCCUUUGUUACUUCCUGAGAAAGUACAAAGGACAAAGGCACUUGUGGAGUGUGAUGGUGAUUCCAUAGAUUUGAGUGGUGAUGUUGGUGCUGUUGGACGAGUAGUGAUUUCAGAUAAUCCCUCUAGAAGCAAUGAAAUGCUUUUGGAUCUGAAAGGAACUAUUUACAAAACAACAAUAGUGCCUUCCCGGACAUUCUGUGUGGUAAGCUUUGGUCAAUCAGAAGCAAAGAUCGAAGCCAUCAUGAAUGACUUCAUCCAAUUGACGCCUCUAUCUAAUGUUCAUAAUGCUGAAACAAUGGUUGAAGGAACUCUUGAUGGGUAUUCAUUUGAUUCGGAUAUGGAGGUUGACAAUAUGCCAAAAAAGGCUGGUGAAGACAAGCAAACAGAAACCACCGAGGAUGAAAAAAAGGGAAAAACAAAACGAAAAGCCAAAAAAUCAGUGGCGGCUGAACAAAAGAAGGGAAAAAUUGGAGGGGCCAAGCUACCAAAAAAAUUGAAAAAGAAACCACAAGUUACAAAGAAAAACAAGAAAAAGUGAGAUGAUGUUUUGACCUUGGUGCAUACAAUAUUUGUGUUACAUGUAUAUAUUCUUCUGAUCUUCUCUUAUAUAGUUAUUAUAUCCAUAUAUUCUACUCACUUAGUAAUAUUCCUUCGUUUCACAUGUAUUUCUUCAACCUUACAUAGCGUGAUGGGAUAUUUCUAUAGUUCUGGGGGAGGUUUGAAAGAAUCUACACCUGUGUUUUAUGUGAACUUAUUACAUACUGCUACAUCGUUGUAACUGUGUUGGAUUUAAUGAAAUGACGUUUUAGUUUUUGAUUA